UUUCAGACGCACCUUUCCCCUCAAAGCUGCGCGGAGCUCCGGAGAAAACACACCGGGGUUUGGGACUCACUGAAUCCGACUUUAGAGGCUCUGCACCCGGAACCAUGAAGACGCUCCUGCCUCUGCUGAUCCUCCAGCUGCUCCUGGUUCCAGCGCUCUCGGUGCCCAACGUGGAUCACUGGGACACCUGGGGUCCGUAUGGAGAAUGUAGCCGGAGCUGUGGUGGAGGACUGACCAUGAGGAGCCGACGCUGCCUCACCCUCAGGACCGAUGGAGGACACAACUGUGUGGGACCAGAGAAGUCUUACCGCACCUGCAACAUCCAGGACUGUCCCGAGGGAUCCAAGGACUUCCGUGAGGAGCAAUGCACCAAGUUCGACGGGACCGACUUCCAGGGGAAACUCUACACGUGGCUCCCUUAUUACGGAGCGGAGAACCCCUGUGAGCUGAACUGCAUGCCCAGAGGAGAAAACUUCUUCUACCGCCACCGCAGCUCCGUGGUGGACGGGACGCCGUGUCACCCCGGCCGCAGAGACGUGUGUGUGGAGGGAGUCUGCAAGCGUCUGGGCUGCGACAACAUGCUGGAGUCGGCCCAGCAGGAGGACCCCUGCCUGCAGUGUGGGGGCAAUGGUCAGUCCUGCUCCCAGGUGAAGAACAGCUUCUCUGUACGGGACCUGCCGACAGGCUACAACCAGAUGUUCAUCAUCCCUGUUGGAGCGACCACCAUCAGCAUCAGAGAAACCGUGGCCACGCGCAACUACCUCGCGAUCAAGAACCUGCGCGGGGAGUACUACCUCAAUGGACACUGGGUGAUUGACUUUUCCAGAGCGACACCAGUAGCCGGGACGAUGCUGUACUACCAGAGAGGAGCCGAGGGAGACAACGUCCCCGAGACCAUCAUCGGGCGCGGACCCACCACGGAACCCCUGGUGGUGGAGCUGAUCAGCCAGGAGCCGAACCAGGGGGUGGAGUACGAGUUCUACCUUCCUAACGGACGCUCCAGACAGGGAUACUACUGGAGCUUUGGAUCCUGGUCCUCCUGUAGCAGGGAGUGUGGAUCAGGCUCCCAGUCUCGUCAGGUGUUCUGCACCAUCGAUAACGAGGCGUACCCCGACUACCUGUGUGCGUCUCUGCCGAGGCCGCAGACCAACCGCACCUGCAACCCCCACACCUGCCCCCAGACCCGCAGCUGGCAGACCGGAGAGUGGAACACCUGCUCCGUUACCUGUGGCGGAGGCUCUCAGGUGCGCAGCGUGCAGUGCGUCUCCCAUGAUGCCGCGGGGCCCCAGGUAGUGGAGGACGCCGUUUGUGCCGCCUACGCCGAGGCCCCCCCCUCCCUGCAGACCUGCAACAUGCAGAAGUGUGCCGAGUACAGAGCGAGCCGGUGGAGCGCGUGCUCGGUGACCUGUGGGUCAGGAGAGCAGACCCGGGAUGUGACCUGUGUUGGGUCCGGAGGGAUGAGGCUGGAGGAGGCCUCCUGCAGCGCUCUGCCGCGCCCCGCCGCCGCCCGGCCCUGCACCCAGCCGCCCUGCACCCGCCUGAUCAGCUGGCACGCCGGAGACUGGGGACUGUGCUCCAGGAGCUGUGGAUCCGGGUCCCGGGAGCGUCAGGUGAUCUGCUCGGACCGCGAGAGGAACCUAUACCCUGUGAGCGAAUGCAACGCCCAUCCCAAACCCUCCACCGUGGAGCGCUGCAACACCCAGUCCUGCUACUCCCCCCAGGUGGUCCCCAGCAUCCAGGACCCACGAGGACACGAUAACACUCAGACUGUUUUCCAGCCGUACUCCCCGGACCAGUCCACAGCAGCCCGCAGGUCGGAGACGAACGCGGUGCAGGACCCCCACAGCUCGGCCCCCGCCCUGCACUGCAGCCAGGCUCCGUACGGCUGCUGCACCGACGGACGCACUGCAGCCGGGGGCCCCCAGGGGCUGGGCUGCCCCCGCGUCCCGGCCCCCACUGCUGUGCAGCCUCACUGCAGACAGAGCAGUUACGGCUGCUGCCAGGACGGCGUGACGGCGGCACAGGGGCCCAACAGGGAGGGCUGUGCAGAGUACUCUGCCCCCGCCCCCACGGCGGCUCCCUCUCUCCCCACGGAGAACGCCCCUCAGUGCAGACUCACCACCUACGGGUGCUGCUACGACCGCACCACGCCUGCAGGGGGGCCCAACGGAGAGAGCUGCCCCAACCCCCCCAACCACAUCGAACGCUCGCUCUGCUCCCUGCCCCGCGCCGCCGGCUCCUGCAGCAGCUGGACACCUCGCUACCACUUCGACGUGCUGACCUCCAGGUGCCUGCACUUCUGGUUCGGCAGCUGCCACGGCAACAGCAACAACUUCAUGACCCGGGCCGAUUGCCAGAGGGCGUGCACGGUACCGACCCCGAGCCAGACGGGCCCGGCGCCGCCUCCAGCCCCAGCUGCACCGGCCACGCCGAGGAGGGAACCCACCGGCGGAAGGACGUCUGGAACUGGAGCUGGUUCUGCACCCCCGUCCGGAGGCUCCGCAGGUACUGGGUCACAUGACAUGGGCAGGAUCUUCACGGUCCAGGGGGGCUCCACCGGCAGACAGGCCACCAGCGCCGCCACGCAGGCCCACAGAGCCAGGAUCCUCCGUGGCCGCCGGCCCUCCUCCCCCGCCACCGCCGCUCAGCACACCGGCCCCGCAGCCAGCCUGACGCUGGGGGGGGUGAGCAUCGAUCAGUCGGACCCCUCCUCGGUGGAGGCGUUGGUGGGACAGACCGUGGUGCUGCCCUGCAGAGUCAGCCCCCCCCCGUCCUCCACUGUGAAGGUGGAGUGGAGACGAGACGGAGUCCCCCUGUCCACACGCAGGCAUCACCAGCAGCCCAACGGCUCCCUGCUGGUCGGCCCGCUCACUCAGCUGGACUCCGGGUGGUUCCUGUGCGUGGCGACCCGGGAGCAGGAGAGGGAUCACCGCUACAUCUACCUGUCCGUCUCAGUGGGAUCUUCGUCGGUUCCCACCUUGAUGCCAGGAGAUGGUCCCGUCCCUCGGUUCAGUAUCGACCGGUCGGGCUCCUCUCUGCUGGAGAAGCGUUCAGGUCAGACGGCCCUGCUGUCCUGCAGCAUCGCACCGCGCUCCGCCCAGCAGGCCGUUAGCAUCGGGUGGACCAAAGACGGACAGACGCUCAGCGACCCACGGUUCACCCAGCACCUCGACGGCUCUCUGAGCAUCGUCUCUGUGCGCUCCGCCGACUCAGCUCUCUACACCUGCACGGCCUCCUCUCAGCAGCAACUGGAGCAGAGGACGCUGCGGCUCAAAGUGCAAGCGGACCUGAAGAUCACCACGGCUCCGAACAACAUCCAGGUCUCUGAAGGCAGCACGGCGCUGCUGCCCUGCGUCGUGUCCGGAGACAACGUCAGCAUCGGCUGGUCCAGAAACGGCGUCCCGGUGCGCCCGGACGGCCAUCACGUCCUGAAGUCUUCUGACGGCAGUCUGAUCCUGAACAGCGUGACGCCCGCAGAUGAGGGGACCUACACCUGCAACGCUUACACCGGCAUCUACUCUGUGAGCGCCGUGGCCGAGGUCCGGGUCACCAAACACACGCAGCAAGAUGAGGACGUCCCCCCCGAGUGUGUGGACCAGCCCGAGCUGUCUAACUGCGUUCUGGUUGUCCAAUCCCGACUCUGCUCCAGACCCUAUUACUUCCGCUUCUGCUGCGCCACCUGCACCCGCCACUCGCAGAGGAGCAAGAGGUCCCGAAAGCUCUGGUAGGAAAAACACUGCGGGACAACGAGGAGGGGAGGACUGCAUUUUGAAAAACACUGAACUUCUGACAAAAGGGACGUAAAGACAUGUCCUGUCUGCGGCGGGUGCAGCAUCACACGAGAGGAAGAAGGGACGGAGUCUGUUCGUACACUGAAUAUCAAAAAAGGCCUUAAAUCUUUCUUAUUUUGUAUUCUGUAUUUGGAGUCACGUAGUAUUUAUAUCACAGUUUGCACACUCAUCGUCUUCCUUGUUUUUUUUGUCCCGUUCCGUUCUUAAAUCUGGUCUCCAAUAGGUGCAAAACCCUCAGCAGGACGUUAAUAUUUCGGACUAAAUACAAGGAAAUGGGGCUUGAACUGAAAUGUAAAGUCUGUUGAAAGUGACAAACUCUAAGUUAUUGACCCAUCAUUACCUUCAUCGCCUCCCAGCUGUCUCUUUUCUUAAAGUCAUUUAUUAUUUCUCUGAUCACGGGUUGUAUUUUCUCUUUGUGAUGUUUAUUUUUUAUGUAAUUAUUUGAUAAUAAAAAUGAUAUUUUGAUAAAAA